UACAGUAUUGUACUAUACAUACAAAUUAGUUAAUUAAAUGUAUGUAUUAUCCACCAAAAAAAAAUUAGUGAACAACAAAAAAUAUAUAUAAAUAAAUGUCACUCCAAGACAUUAGAUGCCGGCAUAGCUGGACUCUGGUAUUAUGUAUUUUUCUAGUGUGCGAACUGUUUAUCCCGAUCUACGGUAAACCAGAUAAUAGUGAAAGUGAACGGGAAAUAGAGUUGGAAUACCAGCACACACCUAAAGUGGAAAAUAGUGAAGGACAAGCGGCAGAUGAUGGCAGUGGAGAUGCAGAUAAAAAUGGAAAAGGAGGCAAAGGCAGUGGUGAUGGUAAAGAUGGCGGCGGAGAUGAUAAAAAAGAUGGUAAAGAUGACAAUAAAAAGGAUGGAAAAGCAGAUAAAGAUGGAGACGGCGACGGAAAGGGUGGUAAAAGAGAUGGAAAAGAUAAAGGAAAGGGAGAUAAACCUAAAAAAAGAAGUUCUGAUAAAAAAGGUGGUUCAGGAGGCCUUAAGAAAAAAGGGGGCAAAAGUGCCAAACUGGGCAAACCAGAUGACGAUGAAGAUGGUGGUGGUGAUGAUAAAAAGGGCGCAAAAAAAGAUGCCGACAGUGAUGGCGAUGACAGCGAUAAAAAAGACAAAAAAGGUAAAGACAAGGGCGGAGGUGAUGACGAUGAAGACAGUGAUAAGAAAGACAAAAAAGGUAAAGAAAAAGGCGGUGAUGAUGAUGAAGAUGGUGGCGAUAAAAAAGAUAAAAAAGGCAAAGACAAAGGUGGUGAUGAUGACGAAGAUGGUGGCGAUAAGAAAGACAAAAAAGGCAAAAAAGGCAAAGACAAAGGCGGUGAUGAUGACGAAGAUGGUGGUGAUAAGAAAGACAAAAAAGGCAAAAAAGGCAAAGACAAAGGCGGUGAUGAUGAUGAAGAUGGUGGCGAUAAAAAAGGCAAAAAAAAUGGCGACGACGAUGACGAUGAAGACAGUGAUAAAAAAGGCAAAAAAGAUAAGAAACCCAAAGCCAAGAGCAAAGGCGGUGACGACGACGAGGAUGAAGACAGUGACAAAAAGGGCAAAAAAGGCAAAAAGAAGGGCGAAGACGAUGAAGAUGAUGGUGACAGCGGUGGUGGCGAUGAAGAAGAUGAUAGCAGCAAAAAGGGUAAAAACGGAAAAGGAAAGAAAAAGAAAGGAGGCGAUGGUUAUGAUGAAGAGGGCAAUCCUAAACUGUAUAAAGCUGGCGGCAAAAUUGGCAAUGUUAUCGGCACCGGGUCACGAAAAAUCAAAAAGGGUACACUGAGUGGACUGGCCAGAGCUCUCGAUGAACGACUCAUGCAAAUCGAUCGGGUCGGCAGUCCAUAUCUUGGUUUGCCGCAGGAUUUGUUCGCACAUUUCCUAUUUUGCGCACAACUGGUCUAUUCUGGUCUCUAUUCGUUUCUCUAUAUAUUGAUUCGUUAUCCAUUAAAAAUUCUGGUCAAAGUGAUGGUCAUAUCAGGAGGUAUGACCCAUAUAUUUACAUAUAUGAAUUGGUGUAUCAAUCCCAUUGAAAUAAUGGGCUUUACCGGUACAAACAUGAGAGUCAAUAUGCAUCUGGAAAGGCUGCACUGGUAUAAAACACAACUUAACAAACGUCUCAUUUGGAUUACCGAUCACGCAAAACAUGAGGACAGACAAAUGUACUGUUGCUGUGCUUUCAACCACUGGAGACAAAAAUCUAUUGAAGAGGUGCCCGAAGCGGCUGUCCAUUUAGCCACUUAUUUCCGGCGGCUAUACGGAAUCGGUGAACUACUUUUCUGUGGCAAAUUUAAGUUGGGAAGCGCCGCCUGUGAGGAGACUGAUUUGUCGCCCACCGAUGAAGCACCGGAUCGUAUCCAUCAUCAGUCAUGGUUGACCCCCCUAUUUGAGUUGUUUGAUACCUUUAUUUAAAUGGCACACCAUAUACACCUAAACAAGCAAUACACACCCAACAAAACAAAAAAUGAUAUCAAUGCCAAUGAGAAGUAAUAAUAAUAUAAUA